GCGGCGGACUCGUUGGUGGGGUUAGCCCCGCCUCCUCUGGCGGAAAGAUGGCGGCCGCCAGCGCCGUCGAGUGAGCUGUGGAGGUUCGCCCCGUCGGGAGCGAUUCGUAGCUGGAAGCAUCGAGUUUUAUUACCACUGCCUCCAAAUGUCCCAUUACUUGACAACAUGAUUGGCCCCUCUGUGGCUCUCGCAGAGCCUAGUAUUCCUGGGACAUUUUCUGUUUGAAGAAAUUAGGAUGGAACAUGACAACCCAACCAUCAAACCUCGUCGGAUCCAGAACCAGAAUGUAAUCUAUCGUUUAGAACGCCGAAGGAUCACCUCUGGCAAAAUCGGGACACACUGGCACCAAGUCCGCAUUUUUCAUCAAAACAUUUUCCCCAAUUUCACCGUGGUCAACGUUGAGAAGCCGCCCUGCUUUUUACGGAAAUUUUCCCCCGAUGGAAGAUACUUCAUUGCUUUCUCCUCAGAUCAGACUUCCUUGGAGAUUUAUGAAUACCAGGGAUGCCAAGCGGCAGAGGAUCUACUCCAGGGUUAUGACGGAGAGAUCUUGGCUAACGGCAACGACCAGAGGUCCAUCAAUAUCCGUGGGCGUCUCUUUGAACGUUUCUUCGUCCUUCUUCAUAUUACCAACGUGGCCUCCAAUGGUGAGCACUUGAACCGUGAAUGUAGCUUGUUUACAGACGAUUGUCGAUAUGUCAUUGUUGGUUCUGCUGCCUAUCUGCCUGAGGAGCCCCAUCCUCCCUUUUUUGAGGUUUACCGCAACAGUGAGUCAGUGACGCCUAAUCCCAGGUCUCCUUUGGAAGAUUAUUCUUUGCACAUUAUAGACCUGCACACGGGCAGAUUGUGUGACACCAGGACAUUCAAAUGUGACAAGGUCAUCUUAUCCCACAACCAAGGACUCUACCUAUAUAAGAAUAUCUUGGCUAUUCUCUCCGUGCAGCAGCAAACUAUCCAUGUCUUUCAGGUCACUGCUGAAGGCACCUUCAUUGACGUACGAACUAUAGGGCGCUUUUGCUACGAGGAUGACCUGCUCAUGCUCUCUGCCGUCUAUCCAGAGGUCCAGAGGGAUUCACAGACAGGGAUGGCCAACCCAUACAAAGAGCCUUUCAUCAAUUCUCUGAAACACAGACUGUUAGUCUAUUUGUGGCGAAGGGCAGAGCAAGAUGGAAGCGCUAUGGCUAAAAGGAGAUUCUUCCAAUAUUUUGACCAGCUGAGGCAGCUUCGCAUGUGGAAGAUGCAGCUGUUGGAUGAGAAUCACCUCUUUAUUAAGUACACAAGCGAGGAUGUAGUCACUUUACGAGUGACGGAUCCUUCACAGCCUUCCUUCUUCGUGGUGUACAAUAUGGUGACUACCGAGGUGAUUGCCGUCUUUGAAAACACAUCGGACGAGCUGCUGGAACUCUUUGAGAACUUCUGCGACCUCUUCCGCAAUGCCACCCUCCACAGCGAGGCCGUUCAGUUCCCUUGCUCGGCCUCCAGCAACAAUUUUGCCAGGCAGAUCCAGCGCCGUUUCAAGGACACCAUUGUCAAUGCAAAGUACGGGGGACACACAGAGGCUGUGCGUCGGCUCCUGGGUCAACUUCCAAUCAGCGCGCAAUCAUACAGUGGCAGCCCUUACCUUGACCUCUCUCUCUUCAGCUAUGAUGACAAGUGGGUUUCGGUCAUGGAACGUCCCAAAACGUGUGGCGACCACCCAAUCAGAUUUUAUGCCCGAGAUUCUGGUCUGCUGAAGUUUGAAAUCCAAGCAGGACUUCUGGGUCGACCCAUCAAUCAUACCGUCCGGCGCCUGGUGGCAUUUACCUUCCACCCUUUUGAACCCUUUGCUAUCUCUGUGCAGCGGACUAACGCGGAAUACGUUGUAAACUUCCACAUGCGGCACAGCUGCACGUAGCAUUUUGCUCUGCUGGGGACACUGAAUAGAGACAUUGGGGGGGGGGGGCGUUGUUUGUUCACGGAUACCCUGAAGCCAAAGUCAGGCUGAAAGAAACCAAAACACUAAACCUUUUGGGAGCGAUUCUGUUUUAAUCCUGCGGUGUUUGCAUCUCCCAGGAAUGAUGGUGCUGAUGGAUCCAUAACCGUCUCGAAUUUCUUUUUUCUCAGGUGUAAGCCGUUCUUCUGUCAUUCAGCACAAACCAAACAGAUUAUUUUUUUACAGUUCUCUACUCUGAUACUUGACUUACUACUACAUCUACUAGUACUACUGCUGUAUAGUGGGCAGGAGUGGGGUGGGAGCUUCAUCUGAAUAAGCAACAUGAAACACAUUUGUAGCAAGCUGUUUCUUAUUUUCCUCUUUCUCUCUCUCUCUCUCUCUCUCUCUCUCUCCCUCCCUCCCUCCCUCCCUCCCUCCCUCCCUCCCUCCCUCUCUCUCUCUCUCUCUUGCAUGUGCGGGAUAAAGGUCCUCCUAUCACUACCGUAUUCUGAGAAGGUUGGUUGGUUCCUUAGUGGGAGAUAGCAAUAGCCCUUCGAUUUAUAUACUGCUUCACAGUGCUUUACAGCCCUCUCUUUACAGAAUCAGCCUC